AUGCAUGACCGCAAGGCUCAGGAGGGUCUCCUGCGGAAGCAGAAGCUCAAUGCCCACACCUGUGCAGUUCUGGCAGUCCUAGGUUUUGGAUCGCUAACCUAUGGUUACACUGCUUCCAUUAUCGGCACUACACUGGGUAGCUUGCGCCAACCGUCGUUCAUCGAAUACUUCGAUCUCGCUACCCGCUCCAAUGGAACGGAUCUAAUAUCCACGAUGAACGGUCUAUUCCAGACUGGCGGCGUCAUUGGAACAUUGCUGUUACCUACCGUGUGCGACAAGUGGGGGAGGAAAUGGGCAUGUGCCGUGUCCGCAAUUCUUGCUAUUAUCUCAGGAGCGGUGAUGACAGGAUCUGUCAACAUUGAGAUGUUCAUCGUGUUCCGGUUUAUUGCUGGAGCCAGUGCAUUCAUGAUCCUCGCAGCCGUUCCCAUCCUCAUGAACGAAAUUGUACCGGUCCACAUGCGAGGCGCUUUGGUCGAUGUCCACGCAGUCAUGCUUGUCCUUGGUUACACCAUCCAGGGCUGGGUCGGGUUUGGGUUUUUCUUCUGGAAGACUGGGGGAUUGAACGCUUGGAGACCUCCAGUGGCUAUCCAGUGCGUUUGGCCUCUAUGUCUCUUAAUCGGUUUGCUGUUUGUGCCAGAGAGUCCCAGAUGGCUGGUUAUGCAGGGGAGAGAUGCAGAGGCUGAAGCAGUUCUGUUCAAACUACACUCGGACCCAUCAGAUCCAAACAACGAGGCUGCCAAGGCCGAAUUCUUCCAGAUUCAGAAACAAAUCGCCAUCGACAAAACUCUUGGAAAUUCGUGGAUGCAUAUCUGGAGAAAACCAUCAUAUCGAAAACGGGCGUUCCUGGCUGUUGGUAUCACUGGUAUCAUUCAACUGAGCGGCGUCUUGGUUAUCAACAACUACGGACCUUCUCUUUAUAAAUCUCUCAACUUCUCUCCAGUCAAGCAACUGCUCUAUCCCGCAGCAUGGCUGACAUUUGCACUGGGCUUGAAUGCCAUGGCUAUGCUGGUCGUUGAUCGUUUUCCGCGGAACAAAUUCAUUGCCUUCGGAGUCCUCGGCUGCAUGGCAACACUGAUUGUGGAGGCAGCACUAGUUGCUGAGUUCGUGCCCUCAGACAACUCUGCGGCACUUCAAGCAGCAGUUGCUAUGUUCUUCGUCUUCCAGGUUUUCUAUGGGAUAUGUCUUGAUGGAACUCAGUUCUCUUACCUUGGGGAGAUCUUCCCAACCCAUCUCCGUGCCAAAGGAGUAUGUCUAGGUGUCGCAAUGAUCUCGUUCAUGAACAUCAUCUGGCUGCAGGCGGCGCCCACUGCUUUUGAAACGAUCAAGUGGAAAUUUUACCUCUGCUUCAUCAUCCCCGGUUGCAUCGGCGGUGUCAUCAUGUGGUUCUACUUCCCCGAUACAAAUGGACUGCCUUUGGAAGAAGUGGCGGCAAUUUUUGGAGAUUCUGACGAGGUUGCCAUUUACCAGAGGGAUAUUGAGAUCGAUUUUGCUACUCACAGCAUCGUGCAGCACGGUGUGCAUGAGACCAAGGCAAACGACUCUGCACACAUCGAGAGCGAUAACAAUUCCGGAAAUGAAAAGUGA